AUGUGGCAGAAGGAAUACACGGGACUGUGAAAGGAGGAAGACAGAGCAGGAGGAGUAGAACAGCCCUGGCCAACAAGAUCUCCAUUCACCAUCAAUGUGCCAAAGGUCCUACAUACUCAUGUAAGAACCUAAUGACAGCCAUCCAGUGUGGCACCUUCCAACACUGCAUGCUGGCAGGCUGGAACCAGACCCCCAAUGAUUCCUGCACAGACUGUGAACAGAUUGUCACCAUCCUCACUCGCAUGGCCAAGGAGUCAUCCUUUAAGGAGUCCAUCCAGAAGUACCUGGAGCAUGAAUGUACCACUUUGCCGCUGCAGACACUGGUCCCACGUUGCCAGACACUGGUGGAUACAUACUUAGACCUCUUCAUCACCAGCCUGGAAGGGCAGAUCAAGCCCCAUUCUGUCUGCACAAAGUUGGGCCUCUGCCAUUCCGAGCCCUUGGAGAGCAAGAACACCUUUGACACGCUAGUUCCUGUGGUGGAGCAGUUCUUUCAGCUCCUGCAAGGCAAAGCUCUCAUCACACCCGACAGCCAGACAGAGGCAUGA